GACUCUUUCAGGUUCUUAUACUUUCUAGUCAUCGUGCGCAGGCCAUCGCAGCCCUUCUACAUCAUUCAGCUUUGCAUCCAUUCCAUCGAUUAUCACCAUCACUUCUGGUGCCAACGACGACCACUAGACUUCUUGCGAUCACGCCGACGCUGCUAGUGAUAAUCAUAGCCGAAACCUGCAUCUCCUAGAAUUCGUAUAGCUACAGAUAACAUCAAAGCCGCAUCUGCAUCCACAUCGACACAAAAACAAAGAAAGCAAUGUCGUUCGCCCCACACGACAUAUCCGCCCCCUUCAGCUUCCCAAAAGAGGAAGAAAAAGUCCUUCAGUACUGGCGAGACAUCGACGCGUUCCAAACCAGUGUCAAGCUCUCAGAGGGAAAACCUGAAUAUGUUUUCUUCGACGGCCCACCCUUCGCUACUGGACUUCCGCAUUAUGGACAUCUUCUCGCUGGGACUAUCAAGGACAUCGUCACCCGCCACGCCCACGUUUCUGGCCACCACGUCUCCCGACGUUUCGGCUGGGAUACCCAUGGUCUCCCUGUCGAGCACGAGAUUGAUAAAAAGCUCGGCAUCACCGGAAAAGCUGAUGUUCUCGCUAUGGGAAUCCCCGCCUACAACGCAGAAUGCCGCGCCAUCGUCAUGCGCUACGCCUCAGAAUGGCGCUCUACUGUCGAACGCAUGGGCCGAUGGAUUGACUUCGACAACGACUACAAAACCCUCAAUGCUUCCUUCAUGGAGAGCUGCUGGUGGGCGUUUGGCCAGCUGUGGGAGAAGGGACAGGUCUAUCGUGGUUUGAGGGUGAUGCCCUAUUCGACUGGCUGUACGACUCCCCUUUCAAAUUUCGAGGCAGGCCAGAAUUAUGUAGAUGUAAGCGAUCCGGCGGUGACAGUGGCAUUCCCAUUAGUGGAUGAUCCUGGAACGGCCUUAUUAGCAUGGACGACGACGCCGUGGACGCUGCCGUCGAAUCUUGCGCUGUGUGUGCACCCAGACUACGAGUAUGUGAAGAUAUGGGACGAGGAUCGGGACACGCGAUUCAUAUUGUGUGAGCGCCUCCUGAAGACGCUGUAUAAGGAUCCAAAGAAGGCCAAAUUCAAGAAGGUGGGCACGUUCAAGGGGAUAGAUAUGAAAGGAUGGCGAUACGUCCCGCUGUUCGAGUACUUCACCGAUCAGUUUGAAGACAAGGCAUUCCGAGUUCUCGUUGACACGUAUGUCACAGACGCAGACGGUACAGGCAUUGUCCACCAAGCACCCGCGUUCGGCGAUGACGACCACCGCAUCGCGAUUGCCAACGGUGUCCUACGCCCUGAUGAAAUGCCACCGUGCCCUGUCGACGAGACGGGCAAGUUCACAAAUGAAGUCCCUGAUUUUGCGGGGGUAUAUGUCAAGACGGCGGAUAAGGAAAUACAGAAGGUCUUGAAGGCGAAGGGCAGGUUAAUUGUGCAGUCAACGCUGCAGCAUUCAUAUCCAUAUUGUUGGAGCAGAUCGGGUACCCCGUUGAUCUAUCGUGCUGUGCCGUCGUGGUUUAUCCGCGUGCAGCCUAUAGUGGACCAAUUGGUAGGCAAUAAUCAAGAGACGAGAUGGGUCCCGCAAAGCGUUGGUGAUAAUCGAUUUGGGAAUUGGCUCGCCAAUGCGCGCGAUUGGAAUGUCUCCCGUAAUCGCUACUGGGGCACGCCGAUCCCACUUUGGGUAAGCGAGGAUUUGGAGGAGAUCGUAUGCAUUGGCUCCAUUGCCCAGCUUGAGGAGCUCUCGGGUGUGAAGGGCAUAGUAGAUCUCCAUCGAGAAUCGGUGGAUCAUAUCACCAUCCCAUCGAAGAAAGGCCGUGGCGUCCUCAGAAGGAUCGAAGAGGUGUUCGACUGCUGGUUCGAGUCCGGGAGCAUGCCUUUUGCGCAAGUGCAUUAUCCAUUUGAGAACAAGGAACUGUUUGAGCGUACGUUCCCCGGUGAUUUUGUCUCUGAAGGUAUCGACCAGACAAGAGGAUGGUUCUACACGCUGUUGGUGCUGUCGACGCAUUUAUUUGGAGCUGCACCAUGGAAAAACUUGAUUGUGACUGGGCUGGUCCUCGCAGCUGAUGGAAAGAAGAUGAGUAAGAGCAAGAAGAAUUACCCAGAUCCCAAUCUUAUUCUUGACCAGUACGGCGCCGAUGCCACAAGAAUGUUCCUCGUUAACUCGCCCAUCGUUCGUGGGGACAACCUUCGUUUCCGCGAAGAAGGUGUGCGAGAAGUGGUGACCCGCGUGCUCCUCCCGUGGCUCAAUUCCUUCCGUUUCUUCCUCGGCCAAGUCGCGCUUUUACAGAAAACGACGGGUGUUUCUUUCACGUACAACCCACAUGCGCCGCUCUCGAAUAAUGUGAUGGACCGAUGGAUUCUCGCGCGGUGCCAAUCGCUUAUCGCGCUCGUGAGGCAGGAGAUGGCGGCGUACAGACUCUACACUAUCAUCCCGCGGUUGCUCGAUCUAGUCGAUGAGCUGACGAACUGGUAUAUCAGGUUCAAUAGGAGGCGCUUGAAGGGUGAGGAUGGGAAGGAAGAUACGGUUUCAGCGUUGAAUACGCUGUUCGAGACGCUGUUCACGUUGUGCAGGACGAUGUCAUCGUAUACGCCGUUCUUGACAGAGAACGUCUACCAGUCGCUGCGCCAGUUCAUACCAGAAGACCCCUCGGUGCCUGAUUCUCGUUCUAUUCAUUUCUUGAGCUUCCCGGAGGUGAAAGAAGAGUACUUCGAUGUUGUCAUCGAGCGACAGGUUCUGCGUAUGCAAGCCGUUAUCGAGCUGACACGGAAUAUCCGGGAAAAGAAUAAUCUUUCGUUGAAGACUCCUCUCAAAGAACUGCUCGUUUUCCAUCCUGACGACGAGUACCUCGAAGAUGUGAAGUCGUUGCAACGAUAUAUUCAAUCCGAGCUCAACGUUCGCGAUAUUGUUUUCACGUCUGAUGAAAACCUUUCUGGGGUGCAUUACCGUGUCAUCGCAGACUGGGCUGUUCUGGGCAGGAAACUGCGUAAAGACCUCGGGCGCGUGAAGAACGCCCUUCCAAAAGUAUCCAGCGCCGCAGUGAAAGCUUACAUCGACUCUGGCAAGCUCACGGUCGAUGGUAUCGAGCUCGUCGCUGGCGAUCUGACUGUGCAGCGAUAUCUAGAACUGCCAAAAACAUCUGAAGGGCAGUACGCUACACAUACGGACAAUGAUGUCGUCGUGAGACUCGACAUCCAGGUACAUCCUGAUCUUAUGGGCGAGUGGUUGGCGAGAGAGAUGAUCAACCGUGUGCAGAAGCUGAGGAAGAAGGCAGGGCUGCAGGCUACAGACGAUGUGGAUGUUUACUAUCGAUUUGAGGAGGGUUCAGGGGCUGAGCUACAGGAUGCGAUGAAGGAGCAUGCGAGCGUUAUUCAGAAGACUGUGCGGAGCGUUCCUGUCGAUGAAAAGGAUCGGAAAGGAGGGGUAUCGGUGAUCGAGGAAGAGCAAGAAAUCGCAGAUGUGAAGUUCAUCCUGUCGCUGGUGCGACAGUAAUUUCUUUGACCGUCUGAACUAAAGAAGGAACGAAAUAGAAGAAAAAUGAAUAUGUUGUUACAAUAGUGUGCAUGUAGAAUACUGUUGAAAAUUCCCUCACUGAUAAUUGGUUUCUGUCAAUGUUACUUGUUUUCCAAAAA